CCUUAGCUUACCUAGCUCCCAGCUGGGUACCCCACAUCCAAAAUUCGACGUUCACGGUUUCGUCCAUCGCUUCCUUCCAGCUACACCUCAACCAACAAGGGGUCAUAAAUUAUCACAACCACCACCACCACCACCGCCGCCCACCGCCCAACAUGUCGCACCCGCGCGUAGAAGAAGUCUCCGACAGCGACCUCUCGGACCCCAGCGAGGGCGACAUCGAAGACUUCUUGGAAUCCGACAUCCUCCGGCAAAAAGCCCCGGCCUCCGAGCCCUCCCUCUUCCCCUCCUCCGGCCCAUCCUCCGGCCCACGCAUGCAACACCCGUCUGCCGCAGCGCCGCAGCAGCAACAGGUCCAACCAAGCGACAUAAAAGACUACCAAAUGCUCUACCCAGUCUACUUCGACAGCACGCGCUCGCGAGCCGAAGGCCGCCGCGUCUCCAAAUCCCUCGCCGUGAAGAACCCGCUCGCGCGCGAGAUAGCCGCGGCCUGCGCCGCGCUCCGCCUAUCCCCCGUCUUCGAAGCGCACCGCGUGCACCCCAAAGACUGGGCGAACCCAGGACGGGUGCGCGUCAAGCUCUCCUCCUCCUCCACCUCCAAGUCCCCCUCUGCUCAAAAAUCCCAACCGAACCCGUACGCCGCACAAGUAAAAAACAAACACCACCUCUACAUCCUCAUCGCAAAACACCUACAAGCGCACCCGACGACCGACAGCUCCGACGCCUUGCGCCGCGUCCGGGUCCCGGGUCUCGCGGUCCCCGACGACGACGAGCCGUGGCCUAGGCCGGCGGUGCCGCGGGGCUGGAAGAUGGGGGAGUUGUUGCCUGCGUACAGCGCCGCGAUGACGGGGGGCGGGGUGAGCGAGAACGCGUUCAAGGAUAUGAUGAAGGAGAUGCAAGGAGGAGGAGGAGGCCCCGGCGGCCCAGGUGGCGCCGAUAUGAUGAGUAUGCUCGGAGGUAUGGGCGGAAUGGGGGGUAUGCCCGGGAUGGGCGGAAUGCCUGGGAUGGGAGCUGGACCGAGCGAGGGUGGAGGGGGCGGCGGCGGUGGGAAGAAAGGGAAGAAGGGAAAAGGAAGGGCGUGAGGGUCGUCUAGGGGGGCUUUGAUAAUACGUAUGUCUAAGAGAUGGGAUGAGGUACUACAUACCAUACCCUUCCAUAUAGAAUAAAAGGGGUUGUGGUAAGAAGGAAAAAUGACUGUCACGAUGCACCUCGCAUCUUCUAAAGACUUGCAUCAAGUCUAUGAAUGACACCACCAUCAACUUGCAAGAUAGGAUAAUGGAAUAUCAUGUCAUUGUA